AAUUAAAGUUAUAAAAUUUGGGCCGGGUCCAUACUUGUGUUAUCCCACUUUCCUAGCAAAGCAAGGCCUCUCUAUAAUCUGUGGACCAUUAGCCAGUGGAAUAGUGAGACUGCUUCUUCUUUCGGUGGCCGAUUUACCUCCGAUCUUCCAUCGUCGCCGCGGAUUAGGGUUACGAUCAGGGGCAAAAAUGGCAUCCAAGAUUAAGCAAGUUUCUGCAAAGGCUUGCGAGUUGACAAGGUUUGUUGCUAAGAAUAGUUCGUCCUUCUACAAGCAGACGCUGGAGCAGAACAAACAGUAUAUUGUUGAGCCAUCCACUGUCGAGAAGUGUAAUGAGUUAUCCAAACAGCUUUUCUACACUCGUCUUGCCAGUAUUCCUGGACGUUAUGACGCAUUUUGGAAGGAGAUCGAUUGCGUGAAGAACAUGUUGAAGAACAGGCAAGACUUGAAGGUUGAGCAUGCCAGUAUCGCAGCUUUAUUUGGUCUAGAGUGCUUUGCAUGGUUUUGUGCUGGAGAGAUUGCCGGAAGAGGAUUUACAUUCACGGGAUACUAUCCUUGAAAAUGAUCUAUUGAUAGGUACGAUCUUUAUGUUUUGGUUUAGAUGAUUCGAAUGUUGAUUGUGAUCUGUUGCAUUGCAAGAUUGUUUCCCUGAAAUUUUUUUUGAAGCCGAGGAAGUGAGAAUUAUGUGGCUUACUGUGGCUGUUGCAAUAAUUAAACUCCUCACACUCUUGAGUGUAUACAUUGUGUUUGUUUGGUUUGGUGUGAUUAUAUCUGUCAAAAUUUAUUCCAACCUUGUUUUGACUGACACGAGACUCGACCCGGUAAUCGCAAGCUUUGAACAAAAAAUUUUGACCUGAGCC